GACAACAAAGCGUGAUCAACUUGCUUUGAAAGUGUAGUGAGAAUUCGGGCGUUCCUGGUUUCUUGUCGCUUUGCUUCAUCAUGGGAUGUGGCAGUUCUACUGCAGCAGUGCCACCUUCUUCUGAGCCUAAUUCCACUUCUGCUAAAACUGAGUCAAAACCAAAUGAUGAGAAUGGCAGUGCGGCUGAGAAACAAAUAGAGAAACCAACCCCAACCCGCGCUGCUCCUGAUAACUAUCCGGACCUCUCCUCUCACAACAACUGGAUGGCAAAAUGUCUCACCCCUGAAAUAUAUGCUAAGCUUUCUACCCUGAAGACACCAAAUGGUUUCACUUUGGAUCGUGCUAUUCAAACAGGAGUUGAUAAUCCUGGUCAUCCAUUCAUCAUGACAGUUGGAAUGGUUGCUGGUGAUGAGGAGUCCUAUGAUGUUUUUGCUGAUCUUUUUGAUCCUGUCAUAGAGAAGAGGCACAAUGGAUACAAGAAGACAGACAAGCAUAUAACUGAUCUUGACGCUUCUAAGCUUGAAGGAGGUGAUGAUCUUGAUCCUAAUUAUGUCCUCUCUUCUAGAGUUCGUACUGGCCGUAGCAUAAAGGGUUUGUGUCUGCCACCAUUCAAUUCAAGAGCUGAAAGGAGAGAAGUUGAAAAGAUAGUCACUGCAGCUCUCAAUUCUUUAGAUGGAGAGUUCAAGGGAAAGUACUACCCACUGAGCAACAUGACAGAAGAAGAGCAACAGCAGCUCAUUGAUGAUCACUUUCUAUUUGACAAGCCUGUUUCUCCUCUUCUCCUUGCUUCACGUAUGGCUCGUGAUUGGCCUGAUGCACGUGGCAUAUGGCAUAAUGAAGAGAAGAAUUUCUUAGUCUGGAUCAAUGAAGAGGAUCACACUCGUGUUAUCUCAAUGGAGAAGGGAGGCAACAUGAAAAGGGUAUUCACAAGGUUUUGCGAAGGUCUUAACAAAGUGGAAAGUUGUAUCAAGGAGGCCAAUCAUUCCUUCAUGUGGAAUGAACACCUUGGAUAUAUCUUAACCUGCCCUUCUAACCUAGGUACAGGUCUAAGAGCUGGAGUUCAUGUAAAGCUUCCACUGCUGAGCCAAAAGCCUUACUUCCAGCUAAUCAUUAAAGAGUUUUCAUUGCAGACAAGAGGAGUUGGUGGAGUGGACACUGCAUCUGUUGGGGGAGUUUAUGACAUCUCUAAUUCUGACCGUCUUGGGUUCUCAGAGGUUGAACUGGUUCAAAAGGUAGUAGCUGGUGUUAAGUGUCUUGUUUCGUUAGAGAAAGGUCUAGAAAAUAACGAAGAUAUCACUGGAUUAUUUCCACCAGGCCUCCAAAAUUCUCUUAAAAAUUAUCCAGACCUAUCUUCCCACAACAACUGGAUGGCAAAAUGUCUCACGCAAGACAUUUACCUCAAGCUUUGUACCCUAAAGACACCAAAUGGUUUCACUUUGGAUCGUGCCAUUCAAACAGGAGUUGAUAAUCCUGGCCAUCCAUUCAUCAUGACAGUUGGAAUGGUUGCUGGUGAUGAAGAGUCCUAUGACGUUUUUGCUGAUCUUUUUGAUCCUGUCAUAGAGCAGAGGCACAAUGGAUACAAGAAGACAGACAAGCAUAAGACAGAUCUUGAUGCUUCUAAGCUUGAAGGAGGUGAUGAUCUUGAUCCUAAUUAUGUCCUCUCUUCUAGAGUUCGUACUGGCCGUAGCAUAAAGGGUUUGUGUCUGCCACCAUUUAAUUCAAGAGCUGAGAGGAGAGAAGUUGAAAAGAUAGUCACUGCAGCUCUCAAUUCUCUUGAUGGAGAGUUUAAGGGAAAGUACUACCCACUGAGCAACAUGACAGAAGAAGAGCAACAGCAGCUCAUUGAUGAUCACUUUCUGUUUGACAAGCCUGUCUCUCCUCUUCUCCUUGCUUCACGUAUGGCUCGUGAUUGGCCUGAUGCACGUGGCAUAUGGCAUAAUGAAGAGAAGAAUUUCUUAGUCUGGAUCAAUGAAGAGGAUCACACUCGUGUUAUCUCAAUGGAGAAAGGAGGCAACAUGAAAAGGGUAUUCACAAGGUUUUGCGAGGGUCUUAACAAAGUGGAAAGUUGCAUUAAGGAAGCCAAUCAUUCCUUCAUGUGGAAUGAACACCUUGGCUAUGUUUUGACCUGUCCUUCCAACCUAGGUACAGGCCUAAGAGCUGGAGUUCAUGUAAAGCUUCCAAAGCUUAGUACUGAUAGCCGGUUUGCUGAUAUUUUGAAAAGUUUGCGCCUACAGAAGAGGGGAACUGGAGGAGUUGACACUGACUCAGUUGGUGGCAUAUUUGAUAUCUCUAACACUGACCGACUUGGCUCGUCCGAGGUAGAGUUAGUCCAGAAGGUUGUGGAUGGAGUCAAGCUCCUUGUGGAAAUGGAAAAGGCUCUGGAGGAAGGAAAAGAUAUCGAUGACUUGAUACCAAAAAACUAACUUAAACUUUUUAAUACAUGUACAUCCACUAUAUUAGGACUAGUUUCCACUUCCCAAUACUAUAGCCCUCAUUAUUAUUUAAA